AUGGGGGAAUCCGGAUGCAUCGACUUCAAGCUCGACUGCUCAAAAGCCAAGAAACACGCCGCCGGCGAACCUGUCGCCGCCGGCAGCGCGGCGGAACAGUCCAUCACCGGCGAUUUCCUCCGCCAGUGCUGCCUGGUGGGUGACGGCGCGGCGGAUGUCUCCUUCUUGGUCGGCGGCGACAAGUUCCGCGCGCACCCGCGGGCCGUGCUCGCCGCCGGCUCGCCGGUGUUCAAAGACUUGCUCUUCAGCCCAGCUGCUUCCUCCACGGACGACGGCGUCAGGGUGCGCGGCGUCGAGCCCGAGUCCUUCCGAGUCCUCCUGCGGUUCAUGUACGCCGACGACGCGCUGCCCGGAGACGACGAGACCAAGGGCGCGUCGACGGCCGAGACGCUCCGGAACCUGGUCGCGGCGGCGGACAUGUACGGAAUGGAGAGGCUGAAGCUCGCCUGCGCCGAGAAGCUCUGGGAGCACGUGUCGGCAGAGACCGUUGCGGCGACACUGGGCUUCGCCGAGACGCACGGCUGCCCGGAGCUGAAGAACAGGUGCCUGGACUUCCUCGCGGAGGAGGAGAACCUCCGCAAGGCAGCGUUGAGCGAGGGUUACGUGCAGCUAGUGACGAGUUUCCCGUCGAUACUCGAGGAGCUAAGAUCACGGCUCUGCCCACGGCUUGAGAGUUCAGACUUUGAAGAUUUUUGCUCCCUUUUUUAG